GUUGCGUUUUUUUCAACUUUUCUUUUCAAGUUUCAACCAACAUUCAAACUACCACAUUAUCUCUCCCAUACCACUCUACAUAAUCAUUGACUUUCUAUUUUCUUCUGUAAGAUGAUGUGAGAUCUGGUGGAGACCAUCAAUGAUCAACUUCAUUCACGCCUUCAGUACACAAAAACACAGAGUGUGCAAGUGUGAAACUAAACUCCUCCAAGAUCUGGUUUUUCAAUAUUGGCUGCCAAAGACACAAGAAAGUAUUAUAUUAUCUCUAUCAAUCUUUGCGUGAAAUGAUCAAGAUUUUUACUUUACUGAAAAGAAGUGAGUUAGCUAUCAUGUCCGAAUUGGUUGGUGGUCCUGAAUUUCUCCAUUUCACUUGUUUGGGAAGUUCCGGUAAGAACCAACAAACUUGUGAGCCGACUUUGGUUUCUGCGUUUUCACACAGCUUAAAAUGAGUUCCCCUUUCUUCAAGUGGCCUUCUUUUCUGAGGAACAUAACAUAAGACUUCUGGAAUCUCAUUAGUACGAAGGAAUUGUUUAACUAAUGAUGUUUCCGACAUCAGUAUGACACAAGUGAUGCAGCCUAAAUAGUCUAAAGGCUCUAACACUUGUUUUUUGCAGAUCGUAGUUCAGAAGGCCUAGUUUCAUCAGUACCAGACAAAGUGCUUAGAUCCUAUCAUCACAAAAAAUGGAAAGAACAUCCCCUGUUGUCUAUUUCCAAUGUUUUAUUUUCCUUCUCAUGAAGGUUGUGUUGGUACCGAAAACAGUGAUGGCAGAACCAAGGGCCAAGACUGUCAAUAUAACAUGUGGCAACAAGUUAGAGCACAACUCCACUAUCUUUGUUCCAAAUUUUGUUGCAACCAUGGAGAAGAUUAGUGAACAGAUGAGAACCACCGGAUAUGGCACAGCAGUUGUAGGGAAAGGAGGGCCUGACACUAACUACGGGUUGGCUCAGUGCUAUGGUGAUCUCUCGUUACUUGACUGUGUUUUAUGUUACGCCGAGGCACGCACGGUUCUUCCCCAAUGCUUCCCAUACAAUGGUGGUCGCAUAUACCUUGAUGGUUGCUUCAUGAGGGCUGAAAACUACAGCUUCUAUGAGGAGUACACAGGACCAGGAGACAUGGCUGUUUGUGGAAACACAACAAGGAAGAACACAGGUUUUCGAGCAGCAGCGAAGAAGGCUGUUAUGACUGCAGUUCAAGCUGCACCAAACAAUAAAGGGUAUGCUAGGACCGAGGUUGCUGUAGCAGGAACAGCAAAUGACUCAGCUUAUGUUCUGGCUAAUUGUUGGAGGAGCUUGGACGCAAAGUCUUGUAGAGCUUGUCUUGAGAAUGCAUCUUCUUCCAUAUUGGGGUGCCUUCCCUGGUCAGAAGGGCGAGCCCUUAACACUGGAUGCUUCAUGAGGUACUCAGACACAGAUUUUCUUAACAAGGAAGAGGAAAAUGGGAGUUCAGGAGAUAAUGUAUUAGUGAUAGUGAUUGUAGUAGUCAGUUCAACUAUAGUUUUGGUGGUUGGAGUAUCCCUUCUGGUUUAUAUCCGCAGACACAGAUACGUUCAAAUGAAACGAAGAGGUUCAAAUGAUGCAGAAAAGUUAGCCAAAAGCCUUCACCGCAACAGCUUGAACUUCAAAUACUCUACUCUGGAGAAGGCUACUAAUUCUUUUGAUGAAGCUAACAAGCUAGGUCAAGGAGGAUUUGGAGCGGUUUAUAGAGGAGUUUUGCCUGAUGGAAGAGAGAUUGCUAUCAAGAGAUUAUAUUUCAACAACAGGCACAGAGCAGCAGAUUUCUACAAUGAAGUGAACAUAAUUAGUAGUGUGGAACACAAAAAUCUAGUGAGACUCUUAGGAUGCAGCUGUUCAGGACCUGAAAGCCUUCUUAUAUAUGAAUUUCUACCUAACAGAAGUCUUGAUCGCUUCAUAUUUGAUCAAAACAAGGGUAGGGAACUAAACUGGGACAAGAGAUACGACAUUAUGAUCGGGACAGCAGAAGGAUUGGUUUACCUGCAUGAGAACUCCAAUAUUAGAAUAAUCCACAGAGAUAUAAAAGCCAGCAACAUCUUAUUGGAUGCAAAGCUUCGCGCUAAAAUUGCUGAUUUUGGUUUGGCUAGGUCCUUUCAGGAUGAUAAGAGCCACAUUAGCACAGCUAUUGCUGGAACUUUAGGUUAUAUGGCUCCAGAGUACCUAGCACACGGUCAGUUAACUGAGAAAGCAGACGUAUAUAGCUUUGGGGUGUUACUGUUAGAAAUAAUUACUGGGAGACAGAAUAACAGGAGCAAAGCAUCGGAAUAUUCGGACAGUCUUAUAAUAAUGACAUGGAAGCAUUUUCAAUCAGGGAGUGCGGAAGAAUUAAUUGAUCCAUAUCUGUUGUUGGAUGAGAAGCACAGAAGCAAUGUUAAGAAUGAUAUUUUAAGAGUGGUGCAGAUAGGACUUCUAUGCACCCAAGAAAUGUGUUCCUUGCGACCAUGUAUGUCAAAGGUACUAAAGAUGCUAACAAAGAAGGAGGAGCAUGUGGAAGCACCCUCCAAUCCACCCUUCAUAGAUGAAAGUACCAUGGAACUCCAUGACCAAAAUGAUGACCCAUAUUAUCCUCUCAAUGUAGCAGAUUCAUUGGCUACUAUUUCACACAGCUCCUUUUAUCCGAGGUAACACACUACACACCAUGUCUGCUAACAACAUUCAUUUGUGCAUGCCAAACAACUUGGUCGGGCUCAAGCUUAUGCCAUGGAGGUUUCUAUUCUACCAGUGCAUUUGAAAUUUUGAAUAGUUACGAUUUGAAGUUCAUGCCUGCACUGAAGAUGAACAAACAAUGCAUUUUUACCGGCUUUGUUCAUGAAUAAUCUUUGCAGAGAUUAAAUUACAUAUCUAGAUAUGAUUUUGUGAUUGUAGAAAAAUGUAUUAUAAUAAAAUUCAUUA